AAAUUUACAAAAUCCAGCAUUUAUCAUUUUCGAAUUUUUUUUUUCUCCAAAUGAGACUCCUUUUGUCGUCACUGUCAAAUCACCAUCCACCUGUGAAACUCACUGAAUCUUCUCCAACUUUCCAGACUCAAUCAAUCCCCAGAAUGUACCCCAUAAUCAUCCCUUCAAAUUCCAACCCUUCUCUGUUUUCUUCUACAAUGUCCAAAUUCAAUCAUCCAAUUUUCAGUCUCAAUCUCAAAUUUCAAUGGCUACACUCUUCAUUUCUCCACCUUCUUCAUCAUGGGUCUCCAACAAAACUCAAAAAUUUCCCUCAUUUGCUUCCACUUCUCACUACCACCACCCAUUUUCUCUCUCCUUUUCUUUCCCCAAACCCUUAAAACCCGGAAAACUCUGCUUCUCUCUGCAAGAUGAGAGAGAAACAGAGAGUUCUUCUGUAGCUGUUGUUGUGGAUGAAGAUUCAAAGAAAGACGAAGAUACCCAGAAAGUAGAACAAGGGGUUGAGCAGAAAGAAGAAAAAAAUGAUGAAGAUGAUGAUCAGCCAAAGCAGCAGGAAUUGGACUGGAAAACUGAUGAAGAAUUCAAGAAAUUUAUGGGAAAUCCGUCAAUUGAAGCUGCAAUUAAGCUGGAGAAGAAAAGGGCUGAUAGGAAGCUUAAGGAGCUUGAUGCUGAGAGUAAGAGUGAUAAUCCGAUUGUUGGCAUUUUCAAUCGAAUUGCUCGCGAUAAUUUGUUGAGAGAGAAAGAGACUUUGGAGAAAGUUGAACAAGCCUUCAAAGCACUUGAUCUUAAUAAGUUGAAGAAUUGCUUUGGAUUUGAUACUUUCUUUGCGACUGACGUCCGGAGAUUUGGGGAUGGGGGAAUUUUCAUAGGGAAUUUGAGAAAGCCUAUCCAAGAAGUAAUGCCAAAGUUGGAGAAGAAAUUGUCUGAAGCAGCAGGGACAGAGGUUGUGUUAUGGUUUAUGGAAGAGACUAAGGAUGACAUUAAAAAACAGGUCUGUUUGGUGCAACCAAAAUCAGAAAUUGAUCUCCAGUUUGAAUCAACGAAGCUGAGCACUCCCUGGGGCUAUCUUAGUGCAAUAGCAUUGGGUGUUACAACUUUUGGAACUAUUGCUUUGACGAGUGGUUUCUUUGUCAAGCCGGGUGCAACGUUCGAUGACUACCUGGCUAAUGUUGUACCUCUUUUUGGUGGUUUCCUAACCAUCUUGGGCGUUUCUGAGAUUGCCACAAGGUUGACCGCAAACCGCUAUGGGGUAAAGCUCAGCCCAUCAUUUCUUGUUCCAUCAAAUUGGACGGGGUGUUUGGGAGUAAUGAACAACUACGAGUCCCUCCUCCCAAAUAAGAAGGCACUUUUUGAUAUUCCUGUUGCUCGUACAGCCAGUGCCUACUUGACUUCCCUGGGGCUUGCUGUUGCUGCCUUUAUAUCAGAUGGUAGCUUCAAUGGUGGUGAUAAUGCACUGUUUGUAAGGCCUCAAUUUUUUGAGAACAAUCCUUUGUUUUCUUUCAUCCAAUAUGUAAUUGGGCCUUAUGCUGAUGAUCUUGGAAAUGUUUUACCUAAUGCGGUGGAAGGAGUGGGUGUCCCAGUUGAUCCCCUUGCCUUCGCUGGGCUUUUAGGGAUGGUGGUGACGUCGCUGAACUUGUUGCCUUGUGGAAGACUUGAAGGGGGUAGGAUUGCACAGGCCAUGUUUGGUAGGAGCACUGCCACAUUGCUGUCAUUCGCCACUUCUUUGCUACUUGGUAUUGGUGGUCUCAGCGGAAGUGUAAUCUGUCUAGCAUGGGGACUGUUUGCUACCUUCUUUCGAGGGGGAGAAGAAAUUCCUGCUAAGGAUGAGAUAACUCCAUUAGGUGAUGACCGAUAUGCCUGGGGUGUCGUCCUCUUCCUUGUAUGCUUCUUAACUCUCUUCCCAAAUGGAGGAGGGACCUUCUCAAGCUCCUUUUUCAACGGGCCGUAUUUUAGAGGCGAUUUGUAAUUAUUGUUAAGUGCUAAUAGGGGUUUGUAAUUAUGUUGUUAUCUCCUUCCAGAUCAUUUUUGACAUCCUGAAUCUUGUAAAUUAAAAGAUUUUGGAUGUUUUUUUGAUCAUUUGUGUAUGUGAGUCAGUUGCGCAAAUUGAAGCUAGAAAUUGAAGAAUUUUGGACUUUUAGAGCUUGAAGUUAAGAAGUGAAUGCAACGAAUAGAGGUACAAGUAAAUGGUGCUAUAACUGCUAUGUCUGUUUUCUUUUUAAGUCAGAAAUAAUUAGCAAUUUCAACAAGGGACAAGAAGUUUGAUGUUGUAGGGGUUUUAACAUUAGACCUUGUAACCUUGCUAAGUUGCUAGCACAAGGAUCAAUCUUACACAGCCCAUUUUGACAAAGAAAUGGUGUUUCAUUUUGGCAAUUUACUUUGUUACUUACUGUAUUAAUUUAAUUACAACUUACAAGUAAUUGUUACUUUGUUA